AUGGCAGUAGGACCAGAAGCUCGUUAUGAAUCCGAAAAUGUCUCCCCCGCUCCCCUCGCGAAGCCACUUGAAUUUCCAUUCAGCGGCAAGACUGCUCCAAAUAGAUUUCUCAAGGCUGCUAUGACAGAGCGAAUUUCGUCAUGGGACCCCAAGCACUUUAGCAAGCGCGGCAUUCCCUCGGAGAACCUCAUCAACGUCUACAAGCGAUGGGGCGAAGGCCAACUCGGCACGAUCCUCACCGGUAACAUCAUGAUCGAAUUCGAUCAGCUCGAAGCUGCCGGCAAUCCCAUCAUACCUCGAACAGAAGAACCAAAGGGUGAACGCUUCGAAGCCUUCAAGAAGCUCGCGGCGGAGAGCAAGGCGCAUGGCAGUCUGUGCAUUGGUCAAGUCAGCCACCCCGGCCGCCAAGUCUCAGAAGAUAUCCAAAAGGACCCUGUCUCGGCCAGCGAUGUUCAGCUUGAGGGCAAUGUCAUGGGCAUGACGUUCGCAAAGCCUCACCCUGCAUCAUCAGAAGAGAUUGAGCGGAUCAUCGAAGGCUUCGCACAUGCAGCAGAGUAUCUACACGCCGCAGGCUAUGACGGGAUCGAACUUCACGGUGCUCACGGAUAUCUGCUCGCCCAGUUUCUCGCCUCAUCCACCAACAAACGGACCGACCAGUAUGGAGGCUCUCUCGCAAACCGCUCACGCAUCAUUAUGGAAAUCGCCCAACGCAUCCACAAGCGCGUCCCCGGAUCAUUCAUCCUUGGCAUCAAGAUCAACAGUGUCGAAUUCCAAAAAGGUGGCUUCGAUACUGAAGAAUGUAAAGAGCUCUGCGCCGCGCUCGAAGCCAACCGGUUCGACUUCGUAGAGCUGAGUGGGGGCACCUACGAGGAAUUGGCGUUCAUGCACAAGAGGGACAGUACUAAGAAGAGAGAAGCUUUCUUCUUGGACUUCGCGGAGGCCAUUGUACCAGCCCUCACCAAGACGAAGACCUAUAUUACCGGCGGCUUCAAGACGGUCGGCGCCAUGGUCAAUGCCCUGAACACUGUGGACGGCGUAGGCAUGGCUCGUCCCGUUUGCCAGGAGCCGAGAUUAUGCGCCGACAUCCUAAAGGGGACGGUCAAAGGCGCUAUCAAACAGCGAUUGGAUGAGAACAAUUUUGGUAUCACGAACGUGGCUGCUGGCAGCCAGAUUCGCAUGAUCGGCAAGGACCAAGAGCCGAUUGAUCUUAGCAAGGAGGAGAAUGAGCAGGCAUUUAUGAAAGAUAUGGGACACUGGAGUGAUCUCAUGGCCCAUGACACCGAGAUGUACUCGUAUGGGUAUAUCGAUAUCGAGAGCAUUGAGCCGCAUCCAUAUGGCGUUGCUUAUUAG